GCCUUCUUGACAGAAAAGUGACAGACACACAUUUCGAUUUUGGUUAAAUGAAUAUCUUAAAAACUUGCACCGGUCAACGCAGGAUUUCGUAAUUUCAACUUUUAACAGAUCAUCGGGCAAACAGUUGUUACAUUUCCGCCUAAUAAUUCUAUUUGACUGACAACAUGCAUCGUUCUUACAACAAAAUCUUCCAAAUUUCGAAAGCCUUCAGCAACAACGUACCGAUUUCCAGCUCGAAGUUGCUUCAGAAGGACUACAAUGCAUUAUAUGCGACGACAGUAAGACACAGAGUUUCAACGCCGAUCAAUACAAUAAUGCUUUUUGUGCCGCAACAAGAGGCAUGGGUGGUCGAACGAAUGGGAAAAUUUCAUCGAAUUUUGGAGCCGGGUCUCAACAUUCUGCUGCCAAUCGUUGACAGAGUAAAAUACGUUCAAAGUCUAAAGGAAAUUGCCAUCGAUGUGCCCAAACAGUCUGCUAUUACUCUGGACAAUGUGACACUGGGAAUCGACGGUGUUUUGUAUUUACGAAUAUUGGAUCCGUACUUGGCCUCCUACGGAGUUGAAGAUCCAGAAUUUGCAAUAACACAGCUGGCACAAACGACGAUGAGGUCCGAAUUGGGUAAAAUGUCUUUAGAUAAAAUAUUCCGGGAACGAGAGUCGCUUAACGUUAGCAUCGUUGAUUCGAUUAACAAAGCGAGCGAGGCUUGGGGAAUUACGUGCCUGAGAUACGAAAUUCGCGACAUUAAGCUUCCAUCAAGAGUACAUGAGGCCAUGCAAAUGCAAGUCGAAGCUGAGCGUCGUAAGCGUGCAGCGAUUUUGGAAUCAGAAGGUGUCCGCGAAGCCGAUAUCAAUGUGGCUGAAGGUAAACGACAGUCCAGGAUAUUAGCCUCCGAAGCCCAACGUAUGGAACAAAUAAAUCACGCAAAUGGUGAAGCGGCUGCAAUGUUGGCAGUUGCAGAUGCUCGUGCUAAAGGACUCAACAUAAUCUCAAAGUCACUAAUGUUGCGAGAGGGACAAGAUGCGGCAUCACUUCUGGUAGCUGAACAAUAUGUAUCGGCGUUCGGGAAACUGGCACAAACAAACAACACACUGAUACUACCAGCGAAUGCUGGUGACAUCACUUCUCUUGUGGGUCAGGCAAUGACCAUUUACAAUGCCGUAUCGAAAAGCAGAGCUGGUACAGUUGAAGCCACAGCUGAUGCAUCAAUUUCGAAUAAUGAUCCCAUCACUGAACUAAAAGAACAUUUGCAUCUGACCACGCAAAGGAAAGGCGACUCUUCCAUUCUUAUAAAUCAAAGUCAUGAGCACGCAAAAUUAGAAGAUUUUAAACAACAUGAGAAAUGAAUGUGCUUCGACUCUAAAUGAAUAAAGGAGAGUAAAUUGAAAUUGGAA